GUGAUGUAAAUCACAGCAACGGAACUCAUGGUUGCAAUAGCUGCAAUACUCAAUGGUUUAAUAUGGGCCAUCUUUAAUAGUUGUUAAGGUUGUAUAGUUGUAUAGUUGUAGCUUCUUCUUUACCACUGGUUGGUUCAUCCAAACUUAUUUUGGUUUUACUUUGGGUUUAUUGGUGAGAAUAUUUCUUGUGGGAAAAGUACACGACUUCUUCUUAAAAUUUUUGUUGUCACAAAAUUUAUACAGUGAAAAAAAAAAAAUUGGUAACGAAAAAUCUUCAAGAUCAUAAGACCAUAACCAAUUCAAAGUUCAAUCAUUAUCCAUCAUAUCUUACCAUCACAUACACAUUCAGGAAGAUGUUGAGGAGGCUGAUGAUAGUGAAGGAUUUAGCCAGAGUGUCGAGACUCAGAGGAUUAAUGUCCAUUCCUCAACCUCGUCAUUAUAGUCAACCUUCAAAAGCAGUUAAUCAACAAAUUAAUUUACAGCAUUAUGAAAAUUUGAAUCAAUCAACAAGUUCAUUUCAAGCCAAAUAUGAUAAUAUACAAGAUUAUGGAAGUUAUAAACAUAAUGUGUUCACUCAUAGAUUACCUGAAUCAACUGCAUCUCAAUCACCACCAUUGGUUGCUUUACAUUCUCGAUUAAAUUUAUCAUCCCAAUAUUCAUUAUCAACUUUAUCUCAAGCUUUAAAUUUAAAUAAAUUUGAUGAUGGUUUAGCUAAUAAUUAUGGAUUGAAUAUCUUAGGAAAGAAUCUUUUAUCAUAUUAUGUCAGUGAAUAUUUAUUAGUUAAAUAUCCUAGAUUACCUAUGCCAAUUCAUAAUGUUGCAGUUGAUUCAUUAAUGGGAUCAAAAGCAUUAUAUCAAAUUGGGAAAAUUUGGGGGAUUGAAGUUGAUAAAUCUUCAAAAUUAGAUAAAUAUUUAAGUCAAGAAUCUGAAUUUUUAAAAUAUGGGAAAUUAAGAUAUUUAACUGAAGAAAGAUUAGAUAAUAAUGAAGCAGAAUCUGGAGUUUAUGAAUUAUCUUCUGAAGAAAUCACCAAUUUAAAAUCUAAUAAUAAUACUGCAUCAUCAUCAUCAUUCAUAUCUGAUGAAGUUGAAGCUUAUGGUUCAGCUGUCAGAGCCAUCAUUGGGGGAUUAUAUACUCAUCAAGGUGAAGAAAUCACCAAACAAUUUAUUCAAGAUCAUAUAUUAUCAAGAAAAUUAUUACUUGAGAAUAUGUUUGAAUUCAGUCAACCAACCAGAGAAUUGGUUAGAUUAUGUGAUAAAUUGAAUUUCCAAGAUCCAAUAGAUAUUAGAUUAAUUGCUGAAACUGGUAGAUUAUCAUCUCAUGCUAUUUAUGUGGUUGGUGUAUUUUGUGGAGUAGAAAAACUAGGUGAAGGAGUUGGAUCAUCAAUGAAUGAAGCUAAAACUAGAGCUGUGGUUAAUGCUUUGAUGAGUUAUUAUUUAUAUUCUCCUAUUGAUAAUGAAGGUAAUGAAGUUAAAGUACCAAGUGAUAAAGAUUAUAAAUAUCUUGAUGGUAUAGUUGGUCUUGGAGAUGUUGCUAUUUAAGCAAGAUAUUACAAAGACGAAACUCAUGUUUAUAACAUAAUAGACUAAUUUUUUUUAUUAUUAUUAUUAUUCUGUACAUAUUAGAUUAUAUAUAUAAAAACUCAUUACAU